AUGGAUCGGGGAGUGAUUUGGUCUUUCAAAUGUUUGUCUUGGAAACAUUUACUGGAAUAUGUUUUGGCUUUGGUCGAAGAUGAACAACUUAUCAUGGAAGCCGAGGUGGAUAUUCCCACGGCCAUGCAUCUGGUCAAGAAAACUUGGGUUUCUGUGCGCCCUCACGCACUGAUAAACGCUUUCUCGAAAGCAGAGUUCAAAUCCACAUUGAUUCAGGCGGGGAUGCAGCCACCGGAAGGUAAAAGUUUGAUUUGA